AGUGCUUGAUUUCUGACGAAAGAAAAUGAAACUAGGAUGUCUAACAUUGGGUGAAAAAGUGAACAAACAGGUCGUCCUAGCCAAUGACAGCCUCCUUGACCUUUCUUUCAAUUUGAUACUGAACUCCGAUCCUUCUCUAGAUCUAAAGGACCUGACUGUCAGCCCAUUAGGCGAGAUGAAGCUGAAAUCUUGUGGAGGCUCCUGCAAGCUGCAGAUUCAGUUUUCACCUCAGCAGCACAUUGCUCCUUUUUCUGUCGCGCUGCAGGCCGAGUUCAAAGGGUUCUUCCACCACCUGCUGACCAUUGAGGGCUGUUACAAGGGGGUGGAUGUCCAUUUAGACUGCAGCCGAGUGUCUUUUGGAGCUAUGGUCCAAAACUGCCAGACGAACAGGAGGAUUGUCAUGAUGAACGCUAGUGACACUACUGUCAGAUUUCAUUGGCAAACCCAAGGUUUCCCUGCAGAGUUGUCGAUCAGACCAGUAAAAGGAUAAAUCUGCCCAGGCAAGGGCUUUCCCUUUGAAGUGACCUUUACCCCUGUGAAGCUCAGUGACGACAUCAGAUACGAGAACCUGUUCUGCUUCAUCGACGGUUCCCCACUUAUUAAAUUGACGGUCACAGGUUCCUGCGUCCCACCUUCCAUCAGCAAAGAGGUGAUAAAUUUCACUUGCCGAGUGCGCACCUCUCAAACUCAGACCCUGUCCGUAACCAACCCUACUUGUGAGUCCUGCAACGUCAUACUUGUAAUCAAGGGUGAGCAAUUUAGUGCUGCUCACUUUAUGACCUUUGAACCCAACCAAAGCAAGACAUUUGACAUCACGUACAGACCACUGAACAUGACGACUAAUGGAAACAAGCACCUGGGAUCAGUUUUUUUCUCUUUUCCUGGUGGGAGGGGAAUUCUGUUCAAUCUGCAAGGAAGUGCGUUUGCCCCAAAAGCAGAGGACAUCAUCUCACAGGAGGUGUCUGCCAAAACCCAAAGCUCUGUUCUUCUCCAAGUCAACAACUGGCUCACCAGGCUGCAGAGGUUCUCUGUGCUGCUAGAGGUAGUUAAACCUGAGAAACCAGACCCGACUGUGUUCCUCAUAGGACACAAGUCCAUCGAGGUUCCCGCUUUGGCCAAGAUGGACUACAAGAUGUCUUUUAAUGCAUACAAAGAGGGAGAAUACACCACAAAGGUGACAUUUCAUAAUGAAACAACAGGGGAGUUCUUGUUCUACCUCAUCAAUUUUAAAGUCGGCUCUCCAGGAAUCCUGGCUACUAUCAACCUGGAGACGCCUGUUCGCAAAGCGGCCUGCGGUGCUGUACAUGUGGAGAACCCCCUAAACAGAGCGACCAGUUUUACCACAGAGUGUAAAUGUACUGACAUCAAGGCUCCACCUCAGCAGAUCGUUCCGGGACAGUCCAAGGGUUCCCUGAACUUCGAGUAUCUGCCUCUUCAUGUAGGUGAAUCUACCGUACGUCUGACCCUGUGCAGUAGUGACCUGGGCCAAUUUCACUACAAUCUGCUUCUCAAAGCUCUCUCCCCACCACCAGAGGAAACAGUCCACUUCCAGGCUGCACUAGGGAGCAGUGACUCUUCUUGCAUUAAUUUUACUAAUUACUCCCAAAGUGCAACUAAGUACAUCUGUAGGAGUGAUCGUCCUGAUUUUAUCGUGGACAAAACUGUCAGUGUUUUGGCCGGUUUUCCUUUAGGCUUAGAGGUGAAGGUGGAUGUUCGUUUUGAGCCACAUCAGCUGGGCGAGGUGAGAGGGCAGCUCACCUUGAACUCAGAUAUUGGCGGUGAAUACAUAUUUCCUUUGCACGGAGUCUGCACCUUCCCAAGACCUCAGGGCCCGUACAACAUCAAAGGGGGCGGCAGCGUCUCCAUCCCUUUCAAAAACGUGUUCCCGAAGACCACGGCUUUCUCUUUGAAGGUUGACAAUCCAUGCUUUAAUGUCAAAGAGAUGGAGAACAUACCCCCCAAAAAGUCACAUAAUAUCAUGGUGUCCUUUGAAGUUCCUUCCGGAGGGCAUCCUGGACCAUGGUUUGGGAAGUUGACUGUCUGGAGACAGAACCCAGAGGCCCGGAACAAUGACAUUUCAUGGGUCUUUUACCUGAAGGGCCAGCGGCCUCAGUCUUCUUAGGGAAGCAUAAAGAAAACACCCAAGCAGAUAAAGUUCUAACCUUCUUCUUUUUUUCAAAUUAGGUUAUCUCUAUCUUGUGAGUUGGGAUGUUAGACUCUUUUGAAACUAAAAUAUAAAUGUUGAUGCCAAAAAUAUAGUAUCCACAAGCUUUAAUUAUUUUGUUUGAAAAUAUAUUCUUAAAAACCUGAAUAAAUGUUGCAGAAAAGCUCUUCC